UUUUCCUAUACUCUAUAGACACAUCUAACAUAUCUAAAACAGCUGAAAAAGUUUGUCAAAUGUUAGAUGAAGUUGUCGAUAGGGUUGGAGAGGAGAAUGUUGUGCAAUUGGUGACUGACAAUGCUGCUAACUACAAACUAGCUGGAGAGAUGUUGAUGCAGAAGAGAAAGUGCCUGUUUUGGACUCCAUGUGCUGCCCAUUGCUUGGAUUUGAUACUUGAGGAUUUUGAAAAAAAGAUUAAGGACCAUAAGUACACAAUUGCAAAGGGGAAGAAGAUUACAACGUUCAUAUAUUCUAGAGCUAUGCUUUUAAAUUGGUUGAGGGAUUUCACUAAAGGGAGGGAAUUGAUUAGACCUGCUGCCACUAGAUUUGCAACAUCAUAUUUGACAUUGUCAUGCCUUAAUGAGUUCAAAGGAGAAUUGAUGGAAAUGUUUUCUUCUGAACAAUGGAGGUGUAGUAAAUUUGCAAAAACAAAAGAAGGGAAAAGAAUUCAUGCCAUAGUUAUGGAUAACAAUGGCUUUUGGCGACUUGUUGUCAAAUGCUUGAAGGCCGCAAUACCCCUUUUAAAGGUGCUUCGCCUAGUUGAUUCUGAUACACCUCCAAUGGGAUUCAUUUAUCAAGAAAUGGAAAAAGCAAAAGAAGAAAUACAGAAAAAUUUCAAUAAUGUUCAAAAGAGUUACAAAGAGAUAUGGGAUAUUAUUGAUGAUCGAUGGGAAAUGCAACUUCAUAGGCCUUUGCAUGCUGCGGGAUACUAUUUGAACCCUUCUAUUCAUUAUGAUCCUUCUUUUGAUCCGGGUUCAGAUAUUAAAUUAGGACUAUAUACGUGUCUUCAACGAAUGGUUCCAGAAGUUAGUGAUAGGAAAAAGAUAGAUAUGCAACUUGAAAAAUUCAAACAAGCAAAGGGACUCUUUGGUAUUGAAGCUGCCAUACUAGCCAGAGAUACUAAACAGCCAGCUGAAUGGUGGGACUCAUAUGGAGAUGACUGUCCUGAAUUGAAAAAAUUUGCUAUAAGAAUAUUGAGCUUAACAUGUAGCUCAUCUGGUUGUGAAAGAAAUUGGAGUGCGUUUGAAAUGGUACAUUCAAAAAGGAGAAAUCGCUUACACCAGAAAAAAAUGAAUGACUUGGUCUUCGUUAUGUACAACUUGAAGAUAAAACAAAAAAGAGCUAAACCAUUGAGUACAAAAGAAGAAAUUGGUUUGGAGAAUUUGUCUUCUGAUGAUGAGUGGUUAGCAGCAGAUUCUGUAGAUUCAGAAGAUGAUAGUGCAGAUUUUGAUGAAGACAAUGAAGGUGAUGAUGAGGUUUCAAGAGUUGCUGCCAAAGGAAAAAGUGUGCUAGUUCAUGAUGUUAGUGAUGAAUUUCAUGAGAAUGAUGAUGGUUCUAAUGAUGAUGAUAGUGAUCGGCCCCCACCUGGAUUUGAGAGAGUUAGGGAUUUCGAUGAUUACGCCAUGGAUGUUGAUACUAGGAAGGAUAUAGAUGAUGAAAUGAGAUAUGACAAUGAUAGUGACUAGAUUAGAAGAACUUUAGAAUGAGAAUUCUCUUUUGGAUUU